AUGAAGGACGUCUUCCCCAUCCCACAGAUCCCGGGCCUUAGCCGGGCCGUCCAGCCCUUGGCCGACAAGCUCGGCUUCGACACUCUGCCGCUGCACGUCCACGAGGUUGUCCUUGCCGCCCUCUUCUAUACCUUUGUGCAGGUCGUCGUCUCGCCCGUCCUGUCCAACUACUAUUUCCCCCACAUCUACAAGCCCAUGAACCGCGCGAAAAAGGCCAACUGGGACAGCCACGUCGUCUCCAUGGUCCAGAGCCUCCUCAUCAACGCCCUCGCCCUCUGGUGCAUGUUUGUCGACCAGGAGCGCAAGAACAUGCAGCACGACUGGAAGGAGCGCGUCUACGGCUACAUGGGCACGCCCGCCAUGGUCUCCGCCCUGGCCUGCGGCUACUUUGUCUGGGACCUGGUCAUUACCGUGCUCAACUUUGACGUCUUUGGCCCCGGCCUGCUCGCCCACGCCGCCAGCGCCCUCGCCGUCUUUUCGUUUGGCUUCCGCCCCUUCCUCAACUACUACGGCCCCGUCUUCAUCCUCUACGAGCUGUCCACGCCCUUCCUCAACAUGCACUGGUUCUUUGACAAACUGGGCAUGACCGGCUCGCGCGCCCAGUUCUACAACGGCAUGGCCCUGCUCGCCAUGUUUUUCUCCUGCCGCCUCGUCUACGGCAACUACAUGUCCCUCUGGGUCUACCGCGACAUGUGGAACGCCCUGUGGGACGGCCCUACGCCGGCGUGGGUCGCCAACCCCGGCGCUCUCAACGACCCGUCCGUGCGCGCCGUGGCCGGAAACAAAGGAGGCCCCAUCCCGCUGUGGCUCUUUGUGCUCUACGUCACGAGCAACCUCACGCUCAACUCGCUCAACGUCCACUGGUUCUUCAAGAUGAUCAGGGCCGUGCGCAAGCGGUUCGAGCCGGCGCCCGGCGCGCCGGCUGGCAAGGAGGCGCCCGUUGCGGCGGCUGCCGUCGCUAGCGGUGCGGCAGCUGCUGACGACGCCACCAUUCGCCAUCGGGCCACCGUCGAAGACCUGCUCAAGGUCGACGAUUCUCUGACAGAAGUUCAGUAA